CCUUGCUCCCCAGUACGCAUGCGUAGUGACAGACGGCAACACAUGGCUGCGGUGUGUUUUGAAUGAAUCUUGGCAAUUUUGUGCUUCUGUCUGCACUUUUGUGUAACUCUAAAACGGACAUAAAGUGAGGAAAAUGUCGCAAAUACAGGCACGGUUCUUCACAGAGAACAAAAGGUAUGCAGUUGAUGACGUGCCGUUCUCCAUCCCAGCUGCUUCGGAAGUGGGGGACCUCAGCAAUAUUAUCAACAAGCUGCUGGAGGCCAAACAUGCAUCUCACAGCAAGGUGGAGUUUGACUUCCUGGUCAGGGGUCAGUUCCUGCGAAUGCCACUGUCCGCUCACAUGGACACAGAGGGAAUAUCUACAGAAGACGUGGUGGAGAUCGAGUAUGUGGAGAAAAUAACGGCCCCAGAACCCGAGGAGUGCAUGAUGCACGAUGACUGGAUUAGUUCUAUAGAUGCCGACAGUGAAUGGAUUCUAACUGGAUCUUAUGAUAAGACGGCCCGGAUUUGGUCUGUGGACGGUAAGGCAGUGAUGACAGUGGCGGGACAUCUAGAUGUGGUCAAAGACGCAACCUGGGUCAAAAGAGACGGGCUGACGUCCCUGCUCCUGACGGCGUCUCUGGACCAAACGGUGCUGCUGUGGGAGUGGAACUCUGAGAGGAACAAAGUGAAAGCCAGGCACUGUUGUAGAGGACACACGGGCAGCGUGGACACCGUUUCCACAGACCCCACUGGCUCAAAGUUCUGCAGUGGCUCCUGGGAUAAAAUGCUAAAAAUCUGGUCUGCAGUGCCCACAGAUGAGGCAGAUGAGGUAGAGGAGGCCGCAGACAGACCAAGGAAGAAACAGAAGACCCAGCAGCUCGGUCUGACCAGGACGCCCCUCAUGACGUUAUCCGGACACAACGAAGCGGUGUCCUCCGUCUUGUGGAGUGAUGCGGAGGAGGUCUGCAGUGCAUCGUGGGAUCACACCAUACGAGUGUGGGACGUGGAGGCUGGAGCGAUGAAGACCACGCUGACGGGCAGUAAAGUGUUCAACUGCAUCUCCUACUCUCCUCUGUGUCGACGGCUCGCCUCUGGGAGCACAGACAGACACAUCCGCCUCUGGGAUCCACGGACCAAAGAUGGAGCUUUGGUGUUGCUGUCUCUAACGUCCCACACCGGCUGGGUCACUGCUGUCAAAUGGGCUCCGACACACGAGCACCAGCUUGUCUCCGGUUCCCUUGACAACCUGGUCAAACUUUGGGACAUCAGAAGCUGUAAGGCUCCCUUGUAUGACCUGGCGGCCCAUGAGGACAAAGUGUUCUGUGUGGAUUGGACGGAAAGUGGGCUAAUGUUAAGCGGCGGGGCGGACAACAAGCUUUACAGUUACAAAUACUCUCCGUGUCGAACAGACGCCGGAGCGUAGAAACCUCCCAUCCCAACAGUGCCAACAUGGAAGUACUGCAAAAAAAUUAUAGUUUACCUAAUUUUUUUUCUCUCUCUGCCAUUGUUAUUUUUUUAGUCUUAUCAGUUCUCUGACAUAUUUUUGUUUGUUUUUCUCCUGUAUACAAUAGAGUAUAAAUUAAUUUUUGCUCAA